GCCCACUGCAGCGGAAUGGCAAUUGAUUCGGAACCGGAAUCAGUUAGACAACGCUUAGUAGAUAGAUUCAUGUCCACCGGCAAUACAGAAUGUCUGCAUCUUUGGGCGUAUAAUACCCGACCAGUAGGAGCACACUGGUUGCUGCUUGCUAUCAACCCUAUAAGGGAAGUCGUGUAUUAUCUGAAUUCGGUAAAUGGUGAAUGGACCAAUUAUCCGGCCAUGAAGGACAUCGUUGAUUUAUCAAUACAAGUGUUCCGAAGUCAACGGGACGCACAGGUAUCCCGAACUAAAUCUAGCAACAUUACUUGGAUCCAAGUGCAGUGUCCGCAACAGAAAAACAGUUACGAUUGCGGAUACUUUGUAUUGAGGUUUAUGAAAGAAAUCCUUCAGGCAAAUCAAUUAGAGAUUCCGCUCACGUACCUUGACGAAUUCCGUGCCGCUGGAUACCCGAGACUUAAGUUGGAAGAAAUAAAAGAGGAUUUGUGUCAUUUUUAUAUUAAGCGCUUUUUCAUGUAGGAUUUGUGUCGAAUUGAAGUACUAUAAUAUUAUUGAUGUUGUAAUGAUGUAUAUAUAUAAUUUUGGAUAUUAUA